UCCCACGCGCUUCUGUCGCUGCAGCUCCUCCUGCGUGCGCUCGAGACGAAGGGGGCUCGCGCUCGCGCAGCUCGCUUGCCUUCAACGUCCCGCGCGAAACCAGCUCACCAGAGCGCACGAGACGACGACCGGCGGAAGCUUUUCCGAGGCGCGAGCGGCGCGAUCGCACCACGCACCGGGGCGUGAAGUUUAGGGAAUCAGGAGGUGGAAAUAAAAGAGAGAGAGAGAGAAAAAAAGGCGGAAGCAAUCAUCGGUUUGUAAAAAGGCGACGGAACGUGUGAACGUGUGGAAAGGCGCGAGCGCACGGUGAGAAGGGGGUGGGGGGGGGUGUAUAUUUUUUCGCUUGAAGGGACAUGUGGAGUGCUGGAUUGUGCAAUGUGGAGGUAGCUAUCCAACACACACACAGACGCACAAGGAGGACACAAGUGAGUUUCCUGCUUACUGUUUUUCUGGUGCGUUUGGAGCUGAUGUGGUUGUGAUUGAUCACCAGCUGCCCGUCAAGGACGGGUUUCUCCAUCAAGCCCCUGACCCACACACACACACACACACUCACACCCACACACACACGUGUCUUGCUUCCUGACACCAUGACAGACACGAACUUCACCACGAUUCCGUAUGCAAGUGAGAACCAAGCACUGAAUGACACACGCGGCUGCUCACUGACCAAAACCGCCUUUCAGUUCUACUACCUGCCCACGGUCUACAUCAUCGUCUUCAUCACCGGCUUCAUCGGGAACAGCAUGGCCAUAUGGAUGUUCAUGUGUCACAUGCGGCCGUGGAGCAGCAUUUCAGUUUACAUGUUCAACCUUGCGCUGGCUGACUUCUGCUACGUGCUCUCGCUUCCCUUCCUCAUAUUCUACUACUUCAACAAAACCGACUGGAUCUUCGGCGACGUCAUGUGUCGCCUGCAGCGCUUCAUCUUCCACGUCAACCUCUACGGGAGCAUCCUGUUUCUGACGUGCAUCAGCGUGCACCGCUACUCCGGGGUCGUCCACCCGCUCAAGUCGCUCGGAAGGCUGAAGAAGAAGAAUGCUGUGCGCACCAGCGCCUUGGUGUGGUUCAUCGUGAUAGCCGGGAUCUCACCGAUCCUUUACUACUCGCGUACGGGACCUAAACGAAACGUCACGACGUGCUACGAUACGACCACCGAGGACGAGCUUCCGGGGUACUUCGUCUACAGCAUGUGCAUGACCGUAUUUGGAUUCUGCGUGCCCUUCGUGGUCAUCCUCGGCUGCUACGGCUUCAUCGUCAAAGCGCUCAUUUACAACGACAUGGACAAUGCGCCGCUCAGGAAGAAGUCCAUCCAUCUGGUCAUCAUCGUGCUCGCCGUCUUCGCCGUGUCCUACCUGCCCUUCCACGUCAUGAAGAACCUCAACAUGAGGGCCCGGCUUUACUUCCAGAGCCCUGAGAUGUGCGAAUUUAACAACAGGGUCUACGCUACCUACCAGGUCACCCGGGGUUUGGCCAGCCUCAACAGCUGCGUGGAUCCCAUUCUCUACUUUUUAGCCGGGGAUACGUUUCGACGACGGCUCUCCAGAGCCACUAAGAAAAAUUCCAGGAAGGGCGAAGUUGUGCUGCAAUCCAAGAGCGAGGAAACGGCGCUCAACAGCCUGCCGGAGUACGCCGAGAACGGGAACAGGUCGCUCUGAGGAUUCGGGAAUGAAUUUCAGAACUUUUUCACAAUGCACUGACUUGGACUCAUUUUCUAAGGAAUGCACUGAUCAUAUCAUGCUGCAAUACAACCAUGAUGUGAGGUUAAUCUGAGACUAUAAACGCGAACACUGUUAAAUAUCAAGCCCUGAGCCAGUGACUGGACAUUCCUUCCACGUGGAAUAACAGGAUUAGUGUACAGGAUGUGACGUGUACUGUAUAUAAUUGUCAGUAAUUACUCUCUAUGUGAAUAUUCCUUCACUGUACUGUAUUGUAUUUGUCAGUAUUAUAUGAGCUGCAACAUUGCAGAUACAGCGACAGAUUCACUUUAGCCAAAAGUGGACUAACUAUCCAAUUAAUCCACAGGUCAGACUAGAAUAGAGAGCAGAGCUCUGUAUUAUCAGAGUGUAACACAAUUAAAAGAAGUAAUGUGAUCUGAGACUGUCAAUAUCUCGUCUGAAGCCUAAAUAAGCUCGGAGAAGACAUAUCAUCCAUGCUGAGCUCAUUUAAAAAGCCCGGAUGUGAUAAAUUGAGGAUUUGCUACACGUUGCAAUUUUUGCUGCUGUUUCUCAGUCCCUAUGGAUGCUCUGUUCUGUCUCAGUGAUAAAUAAGGCUUUUAAACCGUUUUUAAACCGUGUUUUUAGCUCCGCCGUCAGUUCUGGGUGAGAUCUCACGCACUAGUGCCGCGUUCUGUUGCAGAAAAGUCAUCAUGCAUCUCAUGCAUGCAAGUCAUCAGUCAUCAUGCAUUUUAACCCUCUGAAUAGUGAAGGAAGUGACAUGAGCAUGCUUGGAACACAGCCUGCUGUAUGUUGAUAUGAAUACGGAAACAAUCACAGCAACAAGAUUCACCAUGCAAAGCUAGCGUAGGUGUUUUUUUUAUUAUUAUUAUUAUUUAUUUUGAUCAGGUUCCAACAGGCAUUAACAAAAUCUUUACACACCUCAGCUGCAAUAAAACUAUGCGACCAUGUGGUUUCCAUAGAAUAUUCCACUACCAGCUAAGAUCAUUCUUCCUGUAAGAACCUGGAAUUAAGCCAAAAGUUAUCUAAAUCUUGUUUUAUCAACCACCAAAUCAUUAUGUAUUAACUAAUAAAUUGCUUGAUGCAAUAGCAUGUCUUCAAAGGGCACUUAUUCCAGAUGCUACGAAUAUGCAAAUUGGAAACGCCCCUAGAAUCACGUUAUUCACCAAAUGUACAAGUACACAGGAAUGUGGCAGAUCAGUGCAGGAAAUCUAAUGUGCAGCCAGGCAAGUGUGUAAACAUCCACACCCACAAAAGUGCAUAAAUUAUAAAAAAUACAAAAAAUACAGUAUAAAAAAAUAAUAAAAUAAUAAUAAAAUAAUAAGCAAUAGACACAAUAAAUAUAAUACAUAGUUCACAUUCAAUGCUGUCGUGUGAAGGGAAGCUCAGUUCUGAUUAUUUGUUGUAGAUGGCAUGUUGUGUGACCACUGUUGGAAAAAAACUGCCCCACCCCUUCCCUAGCAAAUCAGUGUAACGAGUUUUAGAAACUGUCCUGUAAUUUGCAUGGCCCUUAUUUGCAUAUUAAGACCUGAUAGGCUGCUAUAUUUUAUGAUGUAAUAGCAUACACUGUGUUGUGUUCAGUACUAACUCCAGUGAGGUUUUUCAGUAAAACUGCUGCUGCCACAACUUUUGCAUCAGAUUAACUCCAAAAGAAUUAUUAAAAACAUCAAAAUAUGUUUUUAUAAAAUCUAGUGUGACUUUGAUGGUAUUUAAAAGGAGUUACAUAUCAAGGCUGGGUAGUGUCACACCUCACGGCUCCAGCUUAAUGAUGCAUCUUGUGUCAUUGUUUUGAAAAUGAUCAUCAAUGUAUUUUAUUACAUUUUAAAAAGUUUCUCGAUUGGAGCUACAGCUCUGGUCCUCUCACGAACUGGAGGAGGAGCAGCCUCACAUCAUCUCCAGGGUCCCAGGUUCGAGCCUGAUCUUGGCUUACUGUAUGUGUGGAUUUUUACAUGUUCUCCCUGUGUCCAUGUCGGUUUCCUCCAGGUUCUUCGGGUUCCUCCAACCUCCCAAGAACAUGUCAGUAGGUGUAUCGGCUAUGCAAAAUUGCCCCUAGGUGUGAAUGAUUCUGUGAGUGAGUGUGUUUCAUCCAGGGCGUAUUCCCGCCUCACGCCCAGUGUUCCCUAUGAUGGAUGAAUGAAAAUGUACAUUUCUUUAGUACGGUGCAAAUAGGAAUACUAUCUCGGAAUCUUGAUGUGAGAACUUUUCCAGAUCUGGUCUGAAAUAGCUCCACAGUCUUGCCAAACCUCAUUAAACUAAUGCCAUUAAUACCAAGAACAUGCGGAUUGGAAUGCUUUGAACUUUAAAAACAGUGUGAAGCAAGUCGGGUCCUGACUCGCUCGAUGCCAUGUGAAGACUGGCGAAUAUACGGCCAGGAUUAUUUGUGUGAGCAGUGAUAGCUGGUAGCAGUUAGACUUCUAAUCUAUUAAUGCUAAAGCUCACGUAGGCUGUGAUUGACUCAAACGUGUUUUAUAAGGACCGUGCUCGUCUUCAAAGUGCAUAUUAAUAUGCAGAUUAGUGUGUGGCGGAUUUUGCUCAUAAAAGUGAAGUGAAGUGUGAAAUUUAGCAGCCUGCAUUCCUGAGGCUGAGAGAAGAAUUUCCAUUAUCGUUAAGUAAAACGCUCUGCAUCACAGGCACUAGGCAAAUGACGUGUCCUUGUAAAGCAGCUUAAUUCUAUCAGACACCUGCAUAAUGGCAUGAAGGCAACAUGAGCUAUUAUUUUAAACCUAAUGUUAAAUGCUCUUACAGACAGACAGACUUUUGCAAUAAGGAUUUAGCAGAGCAUAAGUCAUCAGAAUUUUUGCUGGAUGAGUUGUCUCAAAGGUGGAUAUAGACAGUGGAGUGCAAAAGUUUGCACACCCUUAGGACACAUGUCUAUCAUGCUUUAGGUUUCCCUUAUGUUUCAGUGUUACCCUAUUAAUAGUGAAAAAAGAAAUAAUCAUCUCCCUGUCUGAUUGGAAUAAUAAUAUUGUCUUAAAGGUUUUGUGCUCAGCCUCCAACCUCUUUCUCAUCUUCUGAAUAUCUUCUUCUGAAAUUGUAAUAUUUGGAAUAUUAGUGCACCACAAGCUCAUGCACUGCUUUCUUCUAAAAAAGUCACGACCAAAUGUAUUUACAAUUUAUUUUUCUGUUGAUUUUGAUCUUUAUUUAAAGAAGGUUUUACACUGUGUGAUUUCAGCGGUCUAAGAUUAUUGCCCACAUUUUAUUUUUAACAUUUUAAAAUGUAGAUAAGCAGUGGGGGAUGCAAACUUUUGCACUCAGCUGUGGAAAUAUAUACCCGGAAAUAUAUAAAGACUUUAUACCACAGCCUGGUUGAAUUCUUGAAUCUGAUUGGUCAGAAGGUGUGCAUAAUUUUUGUAUAACCGCACGUCUCGGACAGUGGUUCUGUAACAGUCACAUUGCUUUGUACAUUCUCAGUGGGAUUGGAACGUCUUCCAGACAGAGGAGUUUACGCUUUCGGGUUUCUUGGUAAAAUGAUAAGCUGUGUUUUUUUGUCUCAUUAACUUCAAGAGUGAGAGAGGCUGGUGAAGGGACAGCUGUUUAGAACAUGAGGGAUAACAGGAACUAACUUGUCUCACAGACAUUCCAUAACAUGAAAUGUAAAUAUAAACAGUCAAAAAGCGUUCACUAAUGAAUAAAAAAAUUGCAAUUGUUGCCAAACUGCUAUGGUAUGAAUGUUAUUUCAUACAAAACCGUUUACUGAUUUAUAACUGUGUGUGUGUCUAUGUGAAAUCUGAGCUCAUGUCUACUGCAAUUGGAGCAGCUCCAAAAAUCUGCUCUUGCAACAUACUGACUUUGGCGGUAAAGAGUUUGGCACUUUAUCAAGCUUUGCAGGAUGAUUUCAUGCCACUGAUGAAAUUAUGUCAUCAUCCUACUGAAGAAAAAAACUCUCAUGCAUUGCGAAAUUGCUGCUUUGGAAGCGAUUGUGCGAAGACUGUAUAAGUUUUACGCUUCUGUCACUUCCUGUCUCGUUUUCAGCGCUAUCGUUUUGCCCGUGGGUUUUCACCAAUGGUGUUAGUGUCGCAUUUCUCACUCCUCCGUCCCUCCCUCCUUCCCUCCAUCGGUGUCGCUCUGCUUUUCCUUUCACUCUUCAGGAAGACGGCCUAGGGAACGAGGGAAGGAACAAAGCAUGAGGGAGAGGCACCUUUGCCUUUCCCAAGCCGGUCUUUGUGUGCAGGACAAAGGAGUGGUUAUGGAUGCGGGACACGGAGGCCCAGAGGCACAUGGGAGUCUCGGGAUGGCAUUGAAUCUCUCCUGGCAUAAAUAUCCUCCUCUGGAGAAACACAGUUCCUUGUUGCUUGGAUUUAUGAAGCACUGGGUUAAAUUACUGGGCUGGACAUCUAUGUUAGAUUUACAUUUAAUUCAGUUCUCUGUGGAAACGAAUGGAUUUGAACUCACAACCAGGUUUCGCUGUUAGCUCCUAAAAACAAAAGAGAGAUGAGCAGCAGAGCAAGUCUUCAUUCUGAUGGAGGGAUGUGUCCACGACCUCAAAUGCCACAGCCGACCACAGCUUAUGGACAACAGCUCUUAUUAUUAAUGGAAGUCCUCUUUAUGCUGCUUUUAACCUUUAAUCCAGACUGGUGUUGGCUUUUUUCCUGCUUUUGUUAGUAGUAUAAAAGGAUUACGUGUGUCUAUCGAUCAGCUGAUGAAUAAAAAUAUACAGCAUGA